CAGAACCAGUACCUGCAGAGAUUACAGUUGCUGGAGGCAGCAGAGAAGGUUCAGUCUAAGACCCAGCUGAUCCAGAUGGACCAGGAGAAGAGACAGAUGGAGAUCAGUCACAAGAGAGCACGCAUCGAACUGGAGAAGAACGCUACGCUGAGCGCUAGGGACUUUGAGCGUGAGGUGGACCGUAACCAGGACCUGCUGGGACGAAUCAGACGCCUGGAAGAGAGGGAGGCGGAGUCUAGCCAGAGCCUAUCGGAAAAGGCAGAGGCAAACCGUGCUCUACAUCGGACCCUGGAGUCUCUCAACAGGAGGGUGGAGGAGAGGGAUGGAUGGCUCAACACCUCUAACCAGACGGUGAGCGGUUUAAAGGAUGAGAUCCGGGACCUGAAGCAGCAGGUCCAGACGCGGGACAACACCAUCUCUAACCAGACACUGGAGAACCAGGGACUACAGGAACAAGUGGAGCUACAACACAGGAAGUACCAGGAAGUGUCUCAGCGGUGCCAGGCCCUCCAGUUAGCAUCAUCCACCUGCUCCGACCACGAACUCAAGAUUAAGGAGUUGGAGAGGAAGUUGGCUCUGCAGGAACAGGAUGUUGUCAUAGUGAAGAACAUGAGGUCAGAAUGUUUACUAGGGUCCCAGAUAGGACACAUGGAGCAGGACACAGGACAGCUAAGAGAGGAGAAUGUUUACCUCAGGGAGACGAGGGAGAACGUGAUCCUGCUGAAGGAGGAAACGGAGGGUUUGAGACGUAAGGUGGAACGCAUGGAGAAGAUGAAAGAGGAGAUGGUGAACGUGGAGCUGGAGAAGGAGAAACUGUCUCAGAAACUGCAGGCCUGGGAGAACCUGGGACAGUCUACUGGACUCAACAUACGGACACCAGAGGAUCUGUCCAGAGAGGUGAUUCAGAUCCAACAACGAGAGAUCGCUGUCAAACAACACAACUACACUCUCACCAGCAGCUGUAGGUCAGUGGAGCGUACUAAGGCUGACCUCCAGGGGGAGCUGUUGUCGCUACGUUCUAAAGCUCUGGAAGAACAGAAGAAGAGAGAGACCCAGGAAUCACUGGUCAGACGACUACAGAAGAGAGUGUUGCUGCUCACCAAGGAGCGGGAUGGGAUGCGCGCUAUCCUGGAGUCCUAUGACAGUGAGCUGUCUUCUAGUGACUACACUCCUCAACUCAGCCGCAGACUCAGAGAGGCAGAAGAUGUACUGACCAAGACUCAGAACCACAAUACAGAGAUGGAGGUUCUGUUGACUAAAGCCCAAGAGGAGGCUGGGGCCCUCAAACUACAAGUACAGACUAUGGAGUUGGAGCUGGAGGUUAUGAAGAAGCAGCAAGACUCCGUCGCUGAGGGCAUCCCCUUAGCAACGAACGAGGAAGUCAACACACUCCGGCUGAAGAUUGAGGAGUUGGAGGGAGAGCGACAACGUCUGGAAGAACAGAACAAUGUUCUAGAGCUGAGGCUGGAGAGACACAACUUACAGGGAGACUACAAUCCGGUCAAAACCAAAGUCCUCCACUUCAGUUUGAACCCUACGAGCAUGGCCAAACAGCAGCGUGUGGAGGAAGUGGAGGCGCUGAGGGCAGAAGUGGAGUGUUUGAGGGAACGCCUCCGCUCACUGCAGACAGGGGGCGCUAUCCCUCUUGCUGCUGCUGCAGGAGAGGCCAGCCUAUGUCUGCCUCCCUCACAGGAGGUCCUGGAUCUGCGUAAACAGAUGGAAACAGCUGAACUGAAGAACCAGCGGUUGAAGGAGGUGUUCCAGAGGAAGAUUCAGGAGUUCAGGACGGUGUGUUAUGUUCUGACCGGCUAUCAGAUAGACAUCACUACUGAGAACCAGUACAGGCUGACCUCUGUCUACGCUGAACACAUGGACGACUCUCUACUGUUUAAGGUACAAACACACAAGGUGACCAGACG